GCUCGAAUGAUAUAUAUAUAUAUAUAAGUGACAAUGAUAAGAGUGUUUAGAGUGAACGGACUUAUUUCAGUGCUACCAUUUACACGCAACUACAAUGUCACGACGACAGGAACCAGGCGCACAGGAAGCGGAGGCGGCGUAAGGGGACGUAUGGGCUCUUCUUCAAUUCAAUUGAGUGAACCACAAUUAGUUGCAAAGCUUUUAGAGCUUUUCCCACUCGAAAACUCAUGGAUUCCAGUCAGUAAGUGGGCACAGAGCAUUUCAGAUGAAGUAAAAGAGCUUCUUGUGGCUUAUAACGGGUUAGGAAACUUUGUAGGAAAGCAAAACAACUUUUUUAUCGUGAGAACUGAAAAUGGUGUAAAAGUGGUUUCUUUAACGACAAUGGGGAUGAGUUUGUGUCAAAGACGACAGAAGAAAUGGAAUAUAGAACGAGUGAGAAGCGAUAAGUUUGGUCAAAGAAGAGAUUUUAGGAGAGGGAGCUCAAACUAUCAUGACAAAAAGUAAAAUGUUACUCUUAUUAAAAAAAUUUAUUACACUAUGGUCAUCUAAAUUUUAUUAUAAUGCUUUUACCUGUUUUUCUUUGAGAUUAUCAUUUCGUGUAUAAAA